AUCUGUCGAGAUGAUUUGGCGACUGAUGAGCUUUAGUGCUCUCCUCGCUGGAGCCCUGGCAUCCACAACUCCGGCUCCGUCUCCAGCCACAAACACUGAAGGAGGACCCUGUCGCAUCCACAACACCGGCCGCUCUGCAGACUGCCUUGGAAGACAACUGGACCACGUUCCAUGGGGACAACUCCCGUCCACGCUGGAGGACAUCGAUCUCUCCUACAACAAACUUCGAGCUGUCAGUGUCAAUGACUUCCGCCGCCUCCCUCAGCUUCGAGUCCUUCAGCUGCAGUACAAUAAUAUUUCCCGUAUCGACGACGAUGCCUUCACAUACAACCCGUUCCUGGAGCAUCUUGAUAUCUUCAACAACUCCCUGGAAGAAAUUCCUGCCACAGCUCUGAAGCCCCUGUCCAACCUAAAGAGGCUCUUCAUGUCCAACAACCUUUACAAAAACGCCACUUUGGCUGCCGACUUCUCCAAAUUUUCCAAACUCCAGAUUUUGUCCAUGGGUGGCCCUCUGGUGAUGGGUCUAAAGAAAGGAGACUUUGAGCCCUUGAGGAACAUUAAGUUGCAGGGUUUUGCUAUAAAGUGCUCCUCCAAUCUAAUUUACUACGAGCCUGGUAGUUUAGAAGUUAUUCAGACGUGGAACAUGGGCUUUGACAUGGCCAUAGAUCAACAACCAAACACGCUCCCGCACAUGCUGAAUGACCUCGCCAACAAGACCUUUGGCACCAUCCAGUUCCGCAACCUCUUCGAGUUCAUGUACUAUACAGGAGACGAAGACAUUUUCCAGGGUUUGGAAAAUAUUACAGCCCGUCGGCUCAUCUUUCAUCGAGGUAAAUUCAAUGAGAAUCUCCUGCGGAUGGCUUUGACGAACUUGCAAGUCACCCCUAUCAAAAGGCUGACGCUCCAGUACAUCGACUUUGCUCGUUCUCCUACGUUUGUGGAUAGUGGAGCAGGAUCCAGCAUAACAAAUCUGGAGCUGGAUAAACUGGAUCUUUGGUACAUCAGUAAUCCUGAUGUGCUGCGGUUUGACUGGCGCUUCACCUGGUUCAACAAAAUCCGACAGCUGUCCAUUCAGUACGUGUACUUCAACUCGGUGCCUUGCGACGCCUGGGUUGAAAUGGAAGGCGUGCAGGUUCUGGACGUCUCCAAUAAUCGACUGGAGAAUUCGUUCAUCUUCAACCAGCGGUGCGAGUACAGGAGCACCAUGCCGAAUCUUCACACCUUCAACGUGAGCACCAAUACCCUGACCAGCUUGAAGGAUCUGUCGGCCCUCACCAGGGAGUUCCAGCGGCUCAGUGUGCUGGAUUGUAGCAACAACAACUUUGGCUCUGCUGAGGAGAGUCGGGACUGCGUCUGGAAGCAAAACAUCAGUCGGGUUAUUGCCCAUCACAACCAGUUUGUGAGCGAAGCCCUCCACUGCCUGCCCACCACGGUGGAGUUCUUGGACCUCUCCUACUGCAACCUGGAUCAGCUGGACAUGACUUAUUUUGAGAAAGCCACUAACCUCAAAGAGCUCUUGCUUAGUGGGAAUAAAAUCAAGUACAUCCCAUCUCACUGGAAAAGCCCGUCACUGCAGUCACUUGCUCUGGAUGGGAAUUCAUUUGGGCUCAUCAGCAUGGAGUCCUUCCAGGAUAUGCCUCAACUGUCUCGCCUGAGGGCAGGGAACAACCCUUACCACUGCACCUGUGAGCUCCAUGCUUUUAUCGAGGACACAAUGUCAACAGGGAAGGUCAACCUCACCGACUGGCCUGAGAACUUUAAGUGUUACCACCCUGAGGCUUUUCUCAACACAGUCAUCUCCAAUUACUUACCAGGACGCGUGGCGUGUGAUAUCAGACUGGUCAUCGUCAUCUGUGUUGCCACCACUGCGGCGGUGAUCUUGAUCCUGAUGGUCAUUUGCUAUAUUUUUGAUAUCCCAUGGUACACCAAAGCCACAUAUCAGAUCAUCCGGGCCAAAUACAGAGCCCACAAGGAAAAAAUGACAGGGGAAACAGAGGUUUUUGUUUAUCACGCCUUCAUAUCCUACAGCCACUCUGAUGCAGAGUGGGUGAGGGACCAGCUCUUGCCCACCUUGGAGAACAACAGGAACCCCUAUCGUCUCUGUAUUCACGAGAGGGACUUCAUGCCAGGAAAGUGGAUCAUCGACAACAUCAUCGAGAACAUUGAAAACAGCCGAAAGGUAAUCUUUGUCCUCUCACGCCACUUUGUAAACAGUGAGUGGUGCAACUAUGAGCUGUAUUUUGCCCAGCAGAGAGCCAUGGGAAAGACCUUCAGCGACGUCAUCCUGGUGGUAAAGGAGCCCAUUGAUCCCAACUCUCUGCCCAGCAAAUACUGCAAGCUUAAGAAGAUGCUGAGUACCAAGACUUAUCUGGAGUGGCCCCAGCAAGUCAAGCAGCAGGCAUUUUUCUGGGAACAGCUUAGGAGCGUUCUGGGCAAGCCAGUGCAGACGAGAGAGAGGCUGCACAGUGCCAAAAGCAUAACUUCUUCAGUGGGUGCUGAAUCUGUGAUAGAGCUUCCUGUGGAGGAUGGGAGGCCAGCAACAAGGCAGGCUAAGGUAGACGGAGAAAAACAACUCCGAAAAGAGGAUGUCAAGAGGAAUGAGAAUGAGAUGACCAAUCUGAGGCCAAUCCCUGUGGCAGUUGCAGUGGGGUUUGCCAAACUGAGAGCAAAAGCCAACAGAAGAAAAAUGACUUCCCAGCUGGAAACCGCAAUGGAAAGCCUCAUCAAAGUGUUCCACUCCUAUUCUUCAAAGGAGGGUGACAAGUACAAGCUGAGCAAACCGGAGCUGAAGAAUCUUCUGCAGGGGGAACUCAGUUGUUUCAUGGCAGCCAGCAAGGACCCGAUGGUGGUGGAGAAGAUUAUGACGGACCUGGAUGAAAACCGCGACGGCCAAGUGGACUUCCAGGAGUUUGUCGUUCUGGUCGCUGCAUUGACUGUCGCCUGCAAUGAAUUCUUUGUGGAGAACUUAAGCAACUGAGUGCAGUGAGAGGUGUGGCCUCGCUGCUUCUACUGGCAUUUCUUACCAAUUAAACUCUUAGUUUCACGACUGUAGAUUUAAUCAAUAAACGGCUUGUCUCAACAUCCUCAUACAUAUGAAUCAUCAUGUUAUUGGCAGUAAGCUUCCUGUUGCAACAUUUCUCACAGCUCUGACAUUUGUAAAGGGGGGCUACACGCAUGCACAAGUUCCAAUGAAUGAUUAUUUCCUUUUGCUCCUUGAAAGACCUCAUCUUAAUAAAGAUGUUUUUUUUCAUCACCUUUUGUGAAGAGCAAGCUUUAUCAUUUCAUAAUUCAUGUAAUAAAAUUUU